AUGGUCCUCAUAAUUGGCCUUCCCAUGUGGAUGGUCCUAUACGGUUCAACAGCGGCUCUGGGGAUGGCGAAUUAUGCAUCGUACAGAUAUACAUUCCCGCAUUUAGAUGGAUCAUUCGGGAAUAUCGCAUUAGCCCUCGUGUGGUUCGCAUACCCAGUGAUUACAGGAAUUUUAUUGUUACGUUAUUUCAUGGCAUUCAUUUCCAACAAACGUCGCCGGCAGGGAGUAGACUUUCCGGCAAGGUACUUCAGCUCAGUUCAGGAGCUAUAG